GCUGUUGAUUAUCUAGCAUUUUUAUUUUAACACUAAACUUUGAAUCUACCCCUACAUGCCUACACAACUCUGAAUUGCAGUUUUUGACAAUUGGCAAACGCUAAGGCGAAUGGCAAAUCAAAUACUCAUCUGUCAGAAGGAAGAAAAGGGGACACAUUUAGGAAAAACUGCAGCGCAGCAGCAAGAGUCCCGACGAAAGUAAUUUUAAUUGUGAAAAUUUCUUGAUCAAUUGUGAAACAAAAAUUCCCAAGGAUAGGCAAAGUUCGCGUUGCCAACCAACCUAAACGCGCGCACGACGCCCGCAUGUAGUUAAAGCAUGGAACAGCGUAUUCUAAAGCAAGACGGCUACUUGGAUGUGGGCGAUGACAGCAGCAACGAUGGUGUAUUGCCUGGCGGAGCACCAGUGUUCGAAAUUCGCAACAUCGUUUAUCAUCCGCAACUAAAUGUGCUGCUUGCGUUUGGUGUCAACAAUCUAGUGAAAGUUCUAGAUGUCAAUUCCGGCGUUAUACUUCAGACGUAUCAAUUGAGUACAAAUGCGGACAGCGUAAUCCAUGGACGCUACAUGCCAUUGCAAGAUAAAAUCUUGUUCUGGGAUGGUCACAAUGUGGGCCUACGCGGCGACUACAACGGCGUUUUACUGUUAGACACCAUACUGCAGGCGCCAAUCGGUCAGAAUGAUGAUUACAUUAAGCUGGAGCUUAUAUUGUCAGAGGCGAUCAUCUUUCAGAAUUGCAUAAACGAACUGGAGAGCGAAGGUCUCGAGUGUCCGUGUGAUAUUAGCAAUGAGCUGACACUGAAGAUUAACCAGGCUCAGCUUAACGCUAAGAAGGGCAUAAAGGCGCAACGGUGGAAUACAAUUUGCUUGGAGGUACCCUAUUCCAGUCUAAAAUUGGUAGCAAACAAUGUGGUAAUAUUGCUGAAACGUUUGGAACGACACAUUCCUGUACUGGCCAUAGCAUCGGCCAUCAAUGAGCGCCUAACGGACUUGUUAAUGGGCUCCCGUCUGCCGGACUACGGCUGGAAUUUUAGCAAUUUUCAGCGCGUUCUCAUGCACUCGGAAGCAGUGCGGCGCCAAACAUUUGAGAAGUGGCCUCACAUGGAUUAUAAAUGGGCGCUGCCAGAUCAAAUGGCACAAGCCGGCUUCUAUCAUCAGCCCUCAUCAUCGGGUGAAGAUCGUGCCAUGUGUUUUACAUGUAACGUGUGCUUGGUUUGCUGGGAGAAAACAGACGAACCCUGGAGCGAGCACGAGCGUCACUCACCUCUAUGCCCGUUUGUUAAGGGUGAAUACACUCAAAAUGUGCCGCUGUCCAUCAGCUAUGCCACCAAUCCAGCAUCGACCGCGCCGGGCAUGGGCUUUGAUAUCAUUUCUAACAGCGAUUAUGCAAAUGUUCUGUGCACGAGCUGCACUCAGUCAGGCGAGCUGAGCGUGUGGAGCAUUGAGCGUCAUCUGAAGCUUAUGCACAGUUUCCAUGUUCCCACACUGCUCAAAGAAGUUUUCGAAGAGAACUUUGAGUGGGCCCGUAUUACGGCCAUUUGCGUGUUACCAAAUGCACGCGCCCGCACUAAAGUCAACUAUGUAUACUCGGAAAACUAUAGUGGAAGCGGAAACAGCAGUAGCGCUGCUCACGCUGCCAGUAUGCACAGCAGCGGAAAGUUUGGCGGCGUUAAUACACAGCAUAUAACAUCUACAUCGACAUUGCGUGCCGGAGUUGUGGGCUCAAAGAUAGUGCUAGGUGUGACUGUGCGGCAAAGUAGUGGAGAGAUGGCAUUACGUAUGGUGGUGCUCAACAUUGUGGAGUUGGAUAGGCACAGCGAGAACUCGGCGAUUAUCAGCAAUGACAGCGGCAGUGUCUCAAGCAUUGGAGGACAGCUGAAAAAGACAUCUUCGCAGCUGGGUACCACUUCCAGUGACUCAAAUGUUGUUGCCAGCCAAGUGAGUCUUGAAUCCUCGAAGGACGAUGACAACAAAUCGCUGACGCCAUAUGAAAAAUUUGCCGACGGCUUCGACAGCAACGGCUUUGUGUCCGCUUUAAUGACUUAUAACAAAAACAAUGAUGUCAACCAGAGCGGAAACAACUCUUCUGUUCUAUAUGACUUUGAUUUGUCCACGUUAUCGCAAAUACUGGAUAGUAAUCUGGACGAUUCUUCCUCCGGGCUGAUGGUUUCCUCAAAUACGGUGAAUGUUAGCAACAGCUUGUUAGGCAUGAGCAAUGACAUGGACAAGCUUAUGGAUGAAGCCGAAGUGUCACAUCAAAAUAACAAUAACAAUGACAGCAACACUAUAGGCGUAGGCCCCACAAGUAACAACAAUAAUAACAACAAUAUCAUCAACGGCAACAACAGCACUAGCGACAAGUUGACCGCCAGUGAAGAAAUUGACUGCCUAGUGGAAAGCUGGACGAGCGUCAAACGAAUGAAUGCCAUGGAUGGCGCCCGUAGUGCGAAUGGAGUUCCAUUAGAUUUGCAGGAAAUUAUAGAGAUUGCGGAAAUUAUGCCCACCAGUCCCAAGUGCAAUCAGCUGCUGGUUAAACUGAUGCGCACCAAAGCUCCAGAUUCGGAACCCACAAAGAUCAUAAUGGCCACGGUCGCUAAAGAAGAUGAGGAGCAACACAACUUACCAGCGGAUAUAGAUGAAAAUAAUUCAGAAUGCAAUGUAGCCGCACAGUUGCUCCUUUUUGAUUACGAUGACAUGCAAAUCUCCAAUGAUUAUACGCUUGCAAUGACCUUCAGCCGUGCAAAGUGCCCUAAGCAGCUGUGCAUCCUGCCUCCAUAUGCAUCGUCGGCUUCUUCUGAUGCGAAAGAAGUUGGCUCCGUUUGUGUGGUGUGCGCCGAUGGAUGCAUUGAAAUUUACUCCUUGGCCGAUUUUCAGGCCACUACUGUCAUCGAGGAAGAGGGUGAGCACUUUGAAGCCGUGGUCUAUUGUCGCAACUUGGACAGGCUUUGCUGCUGUUCGCGCCAGGGGGGCAUGCUGUUUUAUUCGCUCAACGACGGCGACAAUGACUCUGGCGAUGAGUUACUGGAAAUGGAGGAUGACUGCAGUACCACGUUGACACAUGGCAUGGAUUUAAGUGUAACCGAUGGAGUGCGCAAUGCUGCGGGAAUUGACUCUGUUAUGAGCGAUCCGAUGAUUUCUGUGGAUGUAAGCAAUGAGGCAGCCGCCGGGACAUCAAGUCAAAACGCACAUGUGCAGACAUCACCAUCGGUUGCAUCUUUAAUGGGCAACAACACAAACCUGUUAGCAUACAAGACCACUGACCUGACGCUCGAUGACCUGCGCUUGUUGUACGCACUCACUCAGUUCGAAGAGAAGCUAACAGUGUACUCAGCUGAAGUACCAAGUUGCUGGAACGAUCUGGGACAGGUACAAAAGCAGCGCAAGCAAUCGCAAAAUAUGCGUCAUGGAGGCGAUGAGCGUGACUUCACACGGACUUGGCGACUGCAUAACGAUGCGACCACAUGGGAUGAGCACAUAAUUGAGCUAAACCUGGCACAGCCAGUUUCAUUGGGCCAUAUCGAUUUAAAAUUUACUGUGUACCAGCAGUGUUCUAAUCCAGCAGCCAUUCAGGUCACCCUACUCAAGCAGAACACUAAUGGCUUUGGCUACAGAAUGAAAGGACCGCACGCCAGCUAUAAACCCAACGUCAUUGACGAUAAUAUUGACUUCUCAUAUAUUGCCAGUGAGAAUCCGGUACUCAGUGAGGAAUAUCUGUUGGCUCACAAUGCAGAAGUGCUGGCCGGUCCCAUCGAGCUCUCUUCAUGCAUUGAUCUGUGUGAUCAAGGCGGUACCGCCACCUUAACCUCGCCCAAACUGUUUAAGACACGCACACGUAAUUUUCUUCUGCAUAUCAAAACCGUAUCGGAUCCGUCCAAGGAGGGACAGAGCAAAACAAGAGCUUCUUCUGCGCGACGCAAGAGUCCGCACCAAGUUGAAGAUUGUGUUUAUCGUACGCGAAGCAGCAAAAUAAAUCCCACGCUGUCCAAUGCAAAUCAAGCCCAUCUGAAAUCAGGAAAAAUGAAAAUUAUUUCAGUUUUGAGCGGUCCGCUUUUGAACAAAUAUGCGAACAAUUCAGAACUUCCACAUGUUCAAACAAUCGUCGUACCAAAGCAUUCGUUGAGGUCUCGUCCCACUGCAUCUGGUCCUUUUGUUCGUCGAAACACCGGGCAACUAAUAGGUUGCGAUUGGUUACACGAGAUCUCAAUAAGUGUGCGCGCCGUGAAGUCACAUAGUCGCAUAAGCAAUGGGCGCAUUCAGCGCAUUGCCAUGCUGGAUAGUAACGGACUGUUGGAACAGCUCUUCCGCAUUGCCAGUGAUUCUGAAUCAACUCCGCUGACCAAGAAUCUGGCACUUGAUGUGCUCAACUGGAUUUGUUUCAUCCGCUUAAAUCGCUUCCGUUCGCCAAAGUCUGAGCGUCUCAAGGACCAGAUAAACAAACAAACAGCAGCUAAUAUUAACGAUCUGCUGGCUCAGCAGUUUGAGUGCAUUUACUUGUCCGAAAAGCACAUCGAGAAGUUGAUGCGCAACUGCAUAAUCUAUAGUGAACGGACCACGGCGCACAAAUGUGUAAAACUGCUGAUCAUGCUGACAGAAGGCAUGGCCAAUCUUCCCCGAGAGCUACAGAAACAUGCUUCUCUGGAUAUCAGCAUUAAAACUGCAAUAACCAAUACGUUCCAUGAGUUACCGCGAGCACAGUGCGCUAGUGUCGUACGCUGGUAUACAAUGCUUACCUGCGCUACAUCCACUGCAGAGUCGCACAACAGCAUUUCGGAGCAUGCUAUCAAUCUGCUUAAAGACAUAGCUUGCGAAAUUGAUAAACGAUGGGACCCGCAUUGCGCACUGCUGAGCACGCGUUUUGGACUGUAUGGUUAUCCCUUUGAGCCGGAAAUUUUCGACUUUGAUUUCCCCAAUAUAAAUCGACAUGGAUCAAACUCGUCGGUGGGACUUACAAGUGUGAUACGAAGCAGUGCAACUAUAUUGCCAGUGACAGGUCUCGACAUCAAGCGUUUGAGCUCCAUAGAUGGUGUUGACUUUCGCACCUUUCCGCAUCUCAUACGCGGAAAGAGUAUUAGCAAUCAAUUGCGUGGACUGUUGGAGGUGGUACAGUUACAUUUUAAUUGUGUACAAACAUCAGAGGCCACACGCAUUGAUAACAUUGACAGCGUAGUCAAUGGUGCUGCCAGUGUAGUCAUUGAGGAUGUGAUGAUGAUGCCGAAGAUGGUUGCGACCAAAGGCAAGGAUGAAGAAUUGCUAAACGAUUUGGUUAAUGAUGUGGAGUGUCUGGUGGAAGAGAUGAAAGACAAGGAUGUUAAAACCGCUUUUGGUUCUUUUGGCAUGGUUAACGGCUUUAAGGAUAAAGCUUCCGUAUCAUCUCUCACCGAUUUGGAGCAUGCUUUAAAAGAGGAGCUCACACUUUGGAACAGUUACAUACAAAAGAAGUUCGGCAUAAACGAAGAAAACUCCUACGAUGCCUUUGGGGAGCUGGAUAACUGGGAAAAGCCCGUAAUGAAGUCUUGCCUCGAUGUUCUACCUGAAGAGGCUUCGUUUUCACAAUCGUCAGAUCAGUCCCAACCAGCAUCGCAAACGGGUGGGAAUGACAACUCACAGAACAUGACAGAUGAUGCCGUAGAGCGAGAGAAAAUCAUGGAAAAUCUGAGUGCGAAUCCUUGUCCGCCGAUUGCUUGGCACAAACUUCUCACGCCCCCGCCCAAGUUAAUGAUUGUUGUCGACCGCAUGCAUUCGGGCGCCCGACGCUUUGUCGUGCUUGACUUUGGCCAACACAUACUACUAACGGAUGUGGUAAUACCCGCCUGCGAUGAGCUUACGUCCCUCAAUAUUGAUAUUUGGUGCUUUGACGAGGAAACGGACUGCACGCGCCUUGUGCAGGUCUCAGACAUACAGACCAAAACACUGGUGCUCAGCGAUAUGCAGCCACCACCUAUUUGUCGCUAUUUAAAGUUGACAAUCGUUGGACGUAUCGGUAUGUCAUCCACCAAGUGUAAAGUGCCACUGGGAAGUUUCUUUGGUCAUCCUGUUGUACUGGAGCAUGAUGGUUAUGGUGAUCAGCUUGUGCGUUUUGUUAAACAACCAGCUCAAUCGCUGCAGACGCACCUUAAGUCGCUUAAUGCACUUUACGAGGAUGUACACUGCCGUUACAGCUUGGCCAGCUGCAAAUUAAUGGAACUUCUGUCGCCUAUGCGCAACAGCGAGCUAUCCAAUGUAGCCCAUUUACAGGCGUUUAUUAACAAGCAACGUGAUGAAGAGCUUAGCUGUGGUAUGGACAAUAACAACAAGGUUGUUUCUCUAUAUGAAGAAUGCAUGCUGUUACAAUACCAAAUUAACGUUAUUCGAAAUGUGGUUCUGCGUUUGGAACGUGCUGUAUCGCCCAAGGCGCUUCGUUCGCCUACACCUCCUGUACUUAUUGAGGAAACGUUACGCAACGCAUCGCGGGAUAAACUUCGCGUAUUGAGUCUUAGUCUGGUCGAGGUGUUGUUGCACUUCUCCAUUGAGUAUGGUAUUAAGAACAUACUGCCCGUGCAUCAGCGCUUUAAUGUGGUUACUGCUAAAACACUAUUUAAUUCCUUGGUUGUUUAUGGCGAUGCACAAUUGCAGUUGACAACAUGUUCCCUGCUGGUUCGCAUGUGCUGCUUUCAGCCUUGGUGGGGUGACUUUUUGGCUGAUACUUUCUGUAGUUUAUUCUCGGCGCAGAAUUGUAAGGCAUUUCCACAGGAUCGCAUCUUCUUUCUGCUCACAUACUUGGGGCGUCGCAGCAUUGCAAUGGGCGCUUGUCGUUCCAUAGUCAUAGAUGCUGUGCUCAAGACGCUAGUCAAGUUGCUGGCGCCUAUUUCGCCACACUACAAGUUCCAGUCCGAGCAGCCCAGUACUUCAGCCAGUGCAGCCGAACGCAGCGCAGCCAUGGGAAGCACGUCCGACCUUCAACUGAUCACGUGGCUUUUAUUGUUCCUUUCUGUCUGUCUAGAUGACAACAAUGAGCGCAAGGAUAAAUCGGCGGCGCGAUGGGAUUUUAUGAGCUGUGAAAGCGACUUUACAAAGACCAGACCCAAUAAUACUCCGAAUAGUAAACAAUUACGUUGCUUCAAGAAGCGAAUUAUACAGCAGAACAAAUACUCUGUUCAACCCUACACAGACUGGGGCAAGAAAAUCUACAUGAUACAGAAUGAGCAUCCCGGUAUAUUUAUGGAGUUGUCGACUAAAUCUAAGGCUAGCGGUGCAAGCAAAGCAACGUCAACAGGGGGAAAAAUCAAUAUGGUAUCCAGUAGUAUGUGUGCGCCUAGCACCAAUGCCAGUGGCAGCUCAGUUAAGGCCGCUAGCACUUCCACAUCAUCGCCUAAACAUCUCGACGGCUUGGGAGCUAGUACUGAUGGAGACAGUAACUUUGAUAAGGGUCUAAAAACGCUAAGCAUGACCAACAUCAAAGUGGUUAUUCGUGGGUUAUUUGCUCUGUUGCUUGAAAUGGAUUUCGAUUGCAAUAUGGAUCAGUUUCUUUUAACGUGCAAAGUAAUAGCGCGUCUAGUGGCUGCGUGUCGGCCAUCGGUGAGACUGUGCAAAAUUGUGACAACAGCACAGCUCGAGCAGCUCAUACGUUUGGCCGUGUGGAACGAUCAGCAACAGCCCUGGGCGGUGCAUGCAAUUACUUGCCUGCUCCAGGACCUGUUGGAUGCAGACAAACAGUACAGGGAUAACGAUGCCACACCCACAAACGAUGGAGCUCGUUCCAUUGUGACGACAGCUGUGCAGGAGACUCGGGAUCUUUUUAGUGAUUAUAGCUCAUCCUUCUCUUCCUCCGUCGCACAGGCUGUGCUACAUAUGCCGACAGCAAGUGACUUUUAUCCGGAGGCUGCCAAAUACAAUUACCUACCAUCUCUGAUCGAAUGCGAGGAUACUGAGUUUGACGAGAUGCUGAACGACAUCGAUAUGAUCGAGCGCACAAAACCAAUUACUAAAAAAGAGAGUAAUGCGCUCUGCAAGAAUACGUUUAGCUUCUUUUGCAAGUCCAUAUCCAUUGCUAUGGAUACACGUCUGGAUGCUGGAUUGGAGCUGCACGUGGAAGCACAGCUGCGUCGUCUGACGAAUCGUACAUCGCUAGAUUUGUACUCCUCGCUACCGCAGGUGCUGACUAAUGAGUUCGUAUCGGCACCACCAGACGCUGCGCCUUGGCCAGAGUAUCUUACGCAGUUGUGGUCUGGCCCAGAUUAUAGUGGCCGCAACACAUAUAUUAUGCUGAAAAACGUUUUUGAUUCUAUAUUGGCCGAUCUGCAUUAUGAGGAUACGUGGGUGCAUCUGGAGCAAGUGUUGCAAAUGUGGCUAACACUUAACUGCGAGCUGGCGGAUAAGCCCUACACGACGGGCAUCACCCAAGCGGAUAUACCAAAAAUUCCAUUUGGUGCUAAUGCAGUGCAAGGGCUUUUACUGGCUCUAGCCUGGCACAAUGACAUUAAGCUGCGCACUUGGUGCUUAGGCUUCCAAUGCCUAUUCCUCGCUUGCAAUUCGUUGCCCAUUGGCGACGAUGUUUCAGACUGCACGCGCAUUAAUGAGGUCAUUGUGAACGAUGAGAAUUUUGAGAAAAUGCUGCUGCGCUUUUUUUCCGGCUACGGCAUGAGUUCCUCCAUUAUUACCAAUCGUUGUGCUGGUCCUACCAUUUGCAAGCAUCUACACGAACUUCUGUUAUGGCUUCAUAGCAAGAACGAGAGCUGUGGUGGACUCAUUCCAUGUAAGCGUCGGCUUAAAGACAUUCUGUUGCAUGUCGUGCUGCAAUUAGUACAGCCUGGCGGCGCUAUUAGCAACCAGCAAGGCCCAAUCGAUGCUCAGAAUCAGCUGGUACGCGAUCUGCUUUUAAUGCCCAAUGACAAGGGCGAUCUAAACAUUGCGCUUAAGAUUAUCGAAAGUGUUUCGUUUCUAGUCUUCAACAACAUUUCCAAUGGCGAAAAGCUGCAAUGCCAGCGCGGCAACGAAAAUAGCAAUGCUGGCAAUAAUUUCAGCAAUUUGUUUGCCAAUGUCUUGGGAUCCGAAAAUCCCUCUAAGCAAAAUGCCAACAUCUGCGAUAAUUCGUUGAUUAUAAAUCUACUCAAACUGUCCUCGCACAUGGUUCUAACGGAGAUGCCCAGGCAACCUAGUGAGGUCACCAUACCUGAAGAGGAGGAGCUGUCUAAUCAAAGCCAAACAGAUGAAACGAAAGCUGAACAGCUGAACACAGAAGGGCAUCGCAGCAAGGUGCCAUGUAUAGCCGAUUGGGUGCUGCGCCAGUUUCCCACUAUGAAGCGCUUGUUUGGGGCCCUCUCUCAGUGCUCAACGAACACGUUUACUAUGAUGUCCUCGAGCUGCUUCUUUUCACUCAAAACGAAUAUGGUACUGGAUGAGCCGCAGACCAUUGCAGAUGCCGUUUUCAGUUUAAUGAUCACUCUAAGUGAGAGGGCCUCCAAUCCACGACUGGUUGUAGCACCUAUAUGCCAAUAUCUAGAGGAGACCACCAUACAACGCAAUGCCACAUUACCACGUCUUCAACUAUCGGAACCCUUUCUUUGGUACAUAUCGAAAGUGCUGGAAGUGACUGCGGCUGUGCAAAUUUUCACACAGCUAGGUGGCAUACAAAUCAUUUGUCAUAAUUUGGUGCGACUUAACAAGACUAUUAUAAACAUGCAACCGGGACUGAUCUCAAUGAUUAUGCAACAUAUGACGCGUAAUACUCGGCUCAAGCUCAAUAGUCCUGUUAGCAACACUAACGCUUGUAAGAAGACAACGUCAAGCACUGGCGCGCCAACUACGACAACAGCAGCACAACCGUCAAGGAACGGCAGCGCCCAAUAUGAUGGACUUAUCAACUUUGCGCCCUUUUCGCAUAUAGUAUCGGAGAAUGAUGCAGCGCAAAGUGCCGAAAUGCUAAUCUCAAAUCCAAAUGCCACUCAUAGACGACCACGGUCGCCUGCCUGGAGCUAUAUGUUCUAUCCAAAUGAGACGCACGUUGAUUUGACGAUAACGCUGCCCACAGCCAUUUUGCUCAAGGAGGUGCAGCUGGUGCCGCAUACCUCUAGUUUGGCUUCAUGCCCUUCGGCUGUAGCUUUGGAGCUGUCUCGUGAUUAUGGUGUUGGUUCUAUUCCCGUGGGCGCGCCCAUGGCAACCACGGGCCUUACCUGUAUACGUCUUAAACUAGCUAAAGCUGAAGUGGCUACCAGCAUUGUACUGAGACUUUACAAACCCAAGGAUUGCGGCAAUGUGGGGCUAGUACAGAUUGCUGUUUUGGGUCAGACGAUCUUUGGUAAUCGAAUGCAAGGACUUCGCAGCCAAGGAGUUUUUGGUGAAUCAUUCGUUGCCUGCUCAGCCCCGCUAAGCUCGGCCACACUGUCGGCUAUGGAUGUAGAUGCAUUGCCGGAGGAUGAUGCUUUCGCCAAAACUAGUAUCGGUUGGGUGCGCAUUUUAUCUCGAUGCUUUCAUGUAGCUGCUUUGCAACCUGAUAGCAAGUUGGCAGAUUUAAUCGCUUCGUAUCCGGCUGCAUAUCCCGGAUUUUUGGAGGCCUGUUGCUCCCUGCUGAACAUUAUGCCAAUGAUACCUAGCUUUGCGCAGCAGCAUCUUGAAACUAUACUAAUCAAGUUGGGGGCGUACAAUCAUGAACUUAGUUUGCAGCUUCUGCGAACUUUGCUUUGGCAUACCACACCACAGGUGUUUAAACUCUCUAACGAUGCUGUGUGUGAUCUCAUUUACCAAGUGGUCACUGGGUCAACAGCGCACAUGCUUGAUAAGCUACGCGUGCUUUUGGACUGGAUUAUGCAACUUCAUGACACUUACAGCAAGCAGGCCCGCUGUAAUAAUCCGCAAAGCGGGUUUGUCAAGGUUAUUGCUUCAAUUUUAUGGCAAGUGCAGCGCCAACAACAGGUACCCGAUCUGCCUCAGCUUAUUACACCGGCAUUUUUUGAGACUUGCUACCGGUGGAUAGCUGAACUUGAGCAUGAUGAGCCAUUGAAGAGCAGUUUUGAUGCGCUUAUAUGUGCGCUGUGCUACAUUAAGCCCGAGCUAUUUAAUCAAUUGCUAGUAAAGUUAGGUGUGAAGUUGGAGCAGCAGCCUCGUGGUAAAACGGAUGAUAGCAAAGUGCAAAGCGGCUGCGCUUGGUUCCGUCGCGAAGGCACUGAAAAUCUCACACAGUUGCUGCAAUAUCCGGCUUUUCUAAAGACACUUGCACUGGCAUGCCAGUCUCCAGUGGCCGUUUAUCAGAUGCUGGACUCGGGUUUGCCCAAGCUAUUGGCGCAUGCCAUCUACGAGUACUGCACACACAUGUUACAAACAUCAGAGGUGCAAUCUGUAGUGCCAACGACCGCAGCUUCUUGCAGCAAUCAGGUUGCUGCUGGUGGAGAUUCUUCUCUUACCGACUUUGACAAAGCGGAGGCGAAUGUCGGUCUGGGCACAGUGCCACUGCUUAGCUCUGCGAAUGUUCCUAAAGUGCUGGACUUCUUUUCCGAGUGCUGUGCGGAGGGUCCCAUGCGUGACUGGCUGGGCACCUUGCAGGGCUCAAUGUUUUGGAAGCCGCUGCUACAGCUGCUUUGCAACACACACUUGGCACAGUUCACCAAAACGCUGCCCAUGCAGCAGACGUUCAUUCGUCUUGAACGGGCAACAAUUAAUUUCUUUACACGUGUGAGUGCGUGUCAUCCAGCCAAUCAGGAAGUGCUGACGUCGCUGCUCAUUGGCGCCAUAAUCUGCAAGCCAUUGCGCUCUGCGUCUGGCAGUCGUCCAACAAUCUCCGGCUUUACGCGGCAGUUGGUGUUGCAGCUAUUGCUAGAGAACGAGCACAUUACGGUCUCUGUGCACAGCCAACAGCCGUUGCAGCGCCGAGAUACCUUGUCUGCCAUCAUGGGUGGUACUGGUGUUGCGGGUGCCAACAACAGCUUACCCAUUGCGUCGGUCAAUCAUCAUCCCGCCAAACGCAGCAGCGCUCAUCAAAUGAUCUUCAAUGUCACUACGAGCACCACUUGUCAGGAGAUCAUGCAGAACUGUGUUAGUGUUUAUAGUAACUUAGUGUAUCAACAACCAACAGAUCAGCGUACUGGUGGUGAUGGCUCAGCUAGUAUUUCAGCUGCGGCCAAGUCAAACGAUACCAAGCUCGAUAAAUCGUGCUUCAUUAACUUUAACAAUAUGGACGCAGGCAGCAUGGAGUUUCUUACUGUUGGUGCUGCGGUGGCGGCUAAGGACAAGCGCAUCAAGGAUGCCAAAAACCAGGCAGCAGUUAAUAAAGACAAGGAGACCCAAACAUCAGGCAUGCAACUGCUACCCAUCAAUACCUUUAAUAUUGAGGAGUUUCUACUGCAAGCGGCACAUGUUGGUAUUGGCAGCCAGUUGGUUGUAGCAGAUUAUCCGGAUAUACUGUUGUCUGGUGACGCCACCAUUUCGCAGGUGUUGGCUACACUGCAGGGUGCUGGUCACUCGUUAUCCUCACCCUGCCUUUCAUUGGAUUUGGUACACCAGCGUUCGUUGGGAGAUGUAGCCACCGAAUCGAAGAAAAUCAAGGCUGUUUGCACUGAGCCACUGCCGUCUCCGUUACAAAGAUUUUCUAGCAGUGGCGGUCUAUCACUGCUAGCACACUAUUUGCCCACUGUGUAUCCUGAACACAUGGGCCGAAAGGCCACUUCGGUAGCGGCUGAGAAGGAGAAGAGCCUACCACUGUCCGAUUGGGUUAAGCUAGAGCCCAAUGAUGAGAUUUACGAAGACCUGGAGGAUACCAUAUGUGAGCCGGCAGCUAAACAAAUAACUGUUAGUUCUGUACCGCAACAUUCAUUGGCCGCUUUUGGUCUCUUCCUACGGCUGCCUGCCUAUUCCGAUGUUCUGCUUAGGGACAAACAGCGUGCCCAAUGCCUCCUGCGUCUCGUACUAGGCGUCACCGGAGAUGGCGAUGGCAAUGACAUCUAUAGCCUUUCGUUGGCACCAUCUUUACCAACACUGCCGUUUGAGGUUUUCCGUCAACUGCUGGAUAGUGUGUCACUCUCCACGGAUGACGGCGUGCUAUUGCGCCGUGUUGUCAUUGAAGUAGGCGCCAUGCAUCUUGUGCUCAACUGUCUAGGCAUCUUUUCGCAUCAGUCCCAUAACAACAAGAUUGGUGCAUUAAUAAGCGAGCCAACAUCUAGUGGUAACAGCAAUGGCAACGGCAACGGCUCAGCCGCAAAAAGUAGCACAGCAGAGGAACCCAUGGCAAGUACGGCGACGUCGGAUGAUAAAAGCCAUAUAUACUGGGCAAAAGGCACUGGAUUUGGCACCGGCUCUACGACACAGUCGUGGAACGUCGAGCAGGCGCUUUUGCGCCAGAAGAGUGAGGAAGAGCAUGUGACGGUGCUGUUGUUGGUAUUAUCAAGUUAUAUCAACCCCGGGGAUUGCAUACCCAGCGAUAUGCGCGGAGAAGAUAUACUUGCAUACCACGAUGUGCGCGCUGUGACUGGCGACCUGCCGCCAAUUUUCCAGACUUUGCUGCAGCAGUCGUGUCUCAUACCCGCGCUUAGCUCUUACCUGCGCAACGAUUCAGUUUUAGACAUAACACGACACAUUCCUCUCUAUCGUGCCAUUUUAAAGCUGCUGCGUGCGCUUUCCCUUUCUAAGAAUUUGGUUUCGUUGCUACAGCCGAAUGUUAGCGGGGAAUGUACACCACCUAUUGCGGAGCUUUUAAAGAACAUGAAGACCUGCGUUGAUACGUAUGCGAAGCGGCUUAAGGUCAACAAGAAGUCCAACAUUAAAGGCCAAACUCAUCAGCUGACUUUCAACAUUGAUGAUGGUGAUGACGAGGGCCUUGCGCUGCUCAUACCGGAUAUACACGAGACCUGCGUGCUCGUCCAGAAGACGACCGAUGCAGAUGCUCUCAUUAAUAUGUUGCAUACGCAUGAGGAUGGCAUGGGUUCAUUGGAGCGGCCGCUCAGCAAAUCAGUUGAGCAGCGCUAUCUGGAGCUGAUGAAAAAACGCCAGUUCGAUACAUACGAUAUGAUUGUGGAAUCGGACAACAACAGCUUUCGAUUUGUUGUUUCACAUCAUUUUGAGAAAAUGGUGCGUUUAGCCGGCGAUCGAUAUCAUCCCUCACGUGUCAAGCGGCUGGCGCAGGAAGCAGUCACGCUAUCUACCAGCUUGCCGCUAAGUUUUAGUAGUUCUGUCUUUGUGCGCUGUGAUACGGAUAGAUUGGACAUAAUGAAGGUGCUAAUAACUGGUCCGGCGGACACGCCGUAUGCCAACGGCUGCUUCGAAUUUGAUGUAUUCUUUCCACCAGACUAUCCCAACUUGCCCAUGCUCAUCAAUUUAGAGACCACAGGUCGUCAUUCGGUACGCUUUAAUCCCAAUCUCUACAACGAUGGCAAAGUUUGUCUGUCAGUGCUUAACACCUGGCACGGACGACCCGAGGAGAAAUGGAAUGCACAAACCUCCAGUUUUCUGCAGGUUCUCGUCUCCAUACAGUCCCUGAUAUUGGUGCCUGAGCCGUACUUUAAUGAACCGGGCUUUGAGCGCAGUCGUGGAACACCCAGCGGCACCAACUCGUCGCGCGAGUAUAACAGCAACAUUUAUCAGGCGUGCGUUCGUUGGGCAAUGUUAGAGCAAAUACGGAACCCAAGUCCCUGCUUCACAGAUGUAAUUCACAAACACUUUUGGCUAAAGCGAGAGGAGAUUUGCACACAAAUCGAGGGUUGGAUUGAGGAGCUAAGUAAGCCACAAUAUACCGAACGCGCUAGUCGCACUAUAUCCUUUAACUCAAUGGUGUUGCGUCGACAUUAUCGGCAUCUACGAGAAGAGCUGGCCAAGCUAAAGCCACCGCGUGGUCUGGAAGAUUUAGAUGCGCCUUUUAAUCCGGUGGCUACGCUGCCGCCUAUGGAUGUGUCUUCUACAACGUCAGCCACCACAACGAUAAAUGCGCAGGUGGGCACAGAUGACUCACUGGUGCCUGAACUGAAUCUAAUGGUUGACAACGGUGAUAGCGAUAUGUCUAUGCCAGCUGAUUUCUUCAAAGAUAUGAAGGAUGAAGGGUUGCUGACGGGCGAAGAGGAGGUGGUCGAAAUUCUAAGUGAUACGGAGAAUGAGAGCAGCGUGUGGCAGGAUAAAGAAGAAGACACACCAUAAAUUGCUCCUUAAUGCCGCUUUCGUGCACUAGACACUUUUAUUUAUCGUUAUAAGUUUUGUUUAAUGCUCUUUUGUUUUGUUUAAUUUUGUAAGAGAGACUGCAACUGCAACAGAACUUGGUGUGCUUUACAUAAAGAAAAACAUAUUAAUUAAUGUUAUCGAUGAAGAUCCCUUUGAAAAAUUAGUUAAAAAAUAUAUUAAACAUAUUUAUCAAACUACCAAACAUAAAUCAUCUUCACAAAUGUGUAUUGAAAAGAAAACCUUCACUAAAACAUACACUAACGCCGUCUAAAAAUCUACACGUCUAUCGCAACUUUUAUAAAUGCUUCAUUAAAUGGAUCUAUCGGUAUAUUGAAAGUAACCAUGUGUGUAUAGCAUAAAAUAUCACAACUUUAACAACACCACCAAAACUAAAUUAAUGUAUAUUAAACUAUGUAUGUAGCGCUUUAGUUAAAUAUUUACAAACAAAAUGUGCAGAGUUACUUUUACAAUAAAAAUGCUAUGCAUAUU